AUGGCCCUUUGGUUCACAACAGAUUUUGCUGUGAGUGCACAAGGAUUUAAAGCAAUUUAUGAAGUGCUACCAAGUCACACAUGUGGAAAUCCAGGGUUGAUACCAAAAGGAGUAAUUCAUGGAACAAGGUACAACAUUGGAGACAAGAUCCGUUACAGUUGUCUCAUGGGAUAUAUACUGGAGGGACAUGCUGCACUCACUUGUAUUGUGAGUCCAGGUACCGGUGCAUCGUGGGACUUUCCAGCACCAUUUUGUCGGGCUGAAGGAGCUUGUGGUGGGACAUUGAGGGGAACAACAGGGACAAUAUCGAGUCCACACUUCCCCUCAGAGUAUGAGAAUAAUGCAGACUGCACAUGGAGUAUUCUGGCUGAACCAGGGGACACCAUCGCCCUAGUCUUCAGCGAUUUCCAGCUGGAAGACAGAUACGACUUCCUGGAGAUAAGUGGGACUGAGGCACCAUCAAUAUGGCUGACCGGUAUGAAUCUACCUUCCCCUGUCAUCAGCAGCAAGAACUGGCUACGGCUACAUUUCACAUCUGACAGCAACCAUCGACGGAAAGGAUUUAGUGCCCAGUACCAAGUGAAAAAGGCCAUUGAGCUGAAGUCAAGAGGGGUGAAAAUGCUUCCAAGCAAAGACACAAACCACAAAAAUGCUGUUUUGAGCCAAGGGGGCAUGGCAGCAGACAUUUGUCCAGAUCCUGGGAUUCCAGAGAAUGGGAAGAGGAUGGGCUCAGACUUUCAGGUCGGAGCCAGCAUCCAGUUUUCCUGUGAUGACAGCUAUGUGCUUCAGGGAUCAAAGAGCAUCACUUGCCAGAGAGUGACAGAGACGUUGGCCGCAUGGAGUGACCACAGGCCUAUCUGCCGCACGAGAACGUGUGGUUCUAAUUCAAGAGGACCAAAGGGCUUCAUCACCUCUCCUAAUUACCCUGUUCAGUAUGACAACAAUGCCCACUGUGUUUGGGUCAUAACAGCACUGGACAAUAGGAAGGUUAUCAAGCUUGCCUUUGAGGAGUUUGAUCUUGAGAGAGGAUAUGACACGCUAACAGUGGGGGAUGGAGGGAAGAUUGGCGAUGCCAGGAGAGUGCUCUAUGUGCUGACAGGGUCUAGUGUUCCUGACCUGAUAGUCAGUAUGAGCAACCAGAUGUGGCUCCAUCUCCAGUCUGAUGACACCAUCGGGUCCCAAGGAUUCAAGGCCACAUAUGAAGAAAUCGACAAAGGAGGGUGUGGCGAUCCUGGAAUUCCGGCCUAUGGCAGAAGAACAGGGGAGCGUUUUUUACACGGCGACAUGCUGACUUUCGAGUGUCAGGCGGCCUUCGAGUUGGUCGGCGAGAGAACGAUAUCAUGCCAGCAAAACAACCAGUGGUCUGGAAACAAACCCAGCUGCGUGUUCUCCUGCUUCUUCAAUUUCACAACCCCAUCAGGAAUAAUCCUCUCCCCAAACUACCCCGAGGAGUAUGGGAACAACAUGAACUGUGUGUGGCUCAUUAUCGCAGAGUCAGGGAGCAGGAUUCAUCUAAUUUUCAGCGACUUUGAGGUAGAGCCCCAGUUUGACUACCUUAUUGUGAAAGAUGACGGGAUGUCGGAGCCCACCACGUUCGGCACGUUUUCUGGGAAGGACGUACCCUCUCAGAUCGCCAGCAAUGGACACAUCAUGCGCCUGGAGUUCCAGUCUGACCACUCCAACACUGGGAAAGGAUUUAACAUCACUUACACAACGUUUGGUCAGAAUGAAUGCCACGACCCCGGCAUCCCUGUCAAUGGCCAGCGGUAUGGGGAACACUUCUUGUUGGGGAGCUCCGUUCUUUUCACAUGUGAUGAAGGAUUCAUCAAAACCCAUGGGUCUGAGUCCAUAACCUGCAUCAUUCAGGAUGGAAACGUAGUGUGGAAUGCAGCAGUUCCUCGGUGUGAAGCACCUUGUGGAGGACAUUUAACAGCUCCAACCGGAGUUCUGCUGUCCCCUGGCUGGCCAGGAUACUACAAAGACUCGUUAAACUGUGAAUGGGUCAUUGAAGCCAGCAAAGAUCACGCCAUCAAGAUAUCCUUUGACAGAUUCCAGACCGAGGUUAAUUAUGACACACUGGAGAUUCGGGAUGGCCCCUCCAACUCCUCUCCUUUAAUCGGAGAGUAUCAUGGCACUCAAGCGCCCCAUUUUCUCAUUAGCACCAGCAAUUACAUGUACCUGCUAUUCACCACGGACAACAGUCGUUCCAGCGUGGGCUUCCAGAUCCGCUACGACAGCGUUAUGAUGGAAACAGAUUCCUGCUUAGAUCCCGGGAUCCCAGUCAAUGGAAAGCGGUUUGGGAACAAUUUUGCCAUUGGGACCAGGGUGACAUUCAGCUGUGAUCAAGGCUACACGCUGAGCGACGAGAAACCCAUUGUGUGCGAGAGGAACCAUCAGUGGAACCACGCACUGCCCAGCUGUGAUGCGUUGUGUGGUGGUUAUAUCUUUGGUAAAAAAGGAACCAUACUCUCCCCUGGGUUUCCUGAUUUCUACCCAAACUCCUUGAACUGCACAUGGACAAUAGAGGUGUCUCAUGGCAAAGGAGUGCAGCUGCUCUUCCAUACGUUCCACCUGGAGGACUCCCAUGAUUACCUCCUCAUCACAGAGGACGGCAGCUUCACGGAACCCGUGGCCCGGCUCACUGGCUCCGUCCUGCCCCCCUCCAUCAAGGCCGGCUUGUUUGGAAACUUUAGCGCCCAGCUCCGCUUUGUCUCCGACUUCUCCAUGUCCUAUGAAGGUUUCAACAUGUCCUUCUCAGAGUACAGCCUAGAGCCUUGUGAAGAUCCAGGAGUGCCAGCCUACAGUCGGCGAGUUGGGUUCCAGUUUGGAGUGGGGGACUCGCUCAUUUUUUCCUGCUUCCCGGGUUAUCGUUUGGAGGGGGACCACAAAAUCACUUGCCUGGGGGGAGGCCGGAGGGUCUGGAGUGGAGCCCUGCCAAGGUGUGUGGCUGAAUGUGGAACCACUACCGUUGGGAGCGAGGGGGUUCUGCUAUCACCCAAUUACCCAUCCAAUUAUGACAAUAACCAUGAGUGCAUUUACCGCAUUGAGACAGAGGCAGGGAAGGGCAUCCGUGUGACGGCCACUAACUUCCUGCUCCAUGAGGGGGAUUACCUGAAGGUGUAUGACGGGAAGGAUACUUCACAUCGUCUUCUUGGCAAUUUCUCCAAAACUGACAUGUACAAUGUCAUCAUCAACAGUACCUCAAAUCACCUCUGGAUUGAGUUCAACAGCAACGGCACUGAAACGAACAAGGGAUUCAGACUUACCUACAGCAGUUUUGACCUUGUCAAGUGUGAAGAACCAGGAACUCCGAAUUACGGAUACAAGAUUCAAGAUGACGGCCAUUUUGCGAACACUUUUGUGUUGUACAGUUGUAACCCUGGCUAUACUCUCCAUGGAAGCAGCACUCUGGCAUGCCUAAGUGGAGACCGUAGGGUUUGGGACAAACCUUUGCCUUCCUGUCUAGCUGAAUGCGGAGGCCACAUUGCAGGUGCAAUAUCUGGACGGAUACUCUCACCGGGUUACCCUGCACCCUACGACAACAACCUCCACUGUACCUGGUCCAUUGAAGCGGACACAGGCAAAACCAUUAGCCUCCACUUCAUAGUGUUUGACACGGAAGUGGCCCAUGACAUCCUGAAAGUGUGGGACGGUCCAACAGAGGGUGGUAUCCUCCUGAAGGAAUGGAGUGGGUCAGCUCUGCCCGAGGACACCCACAGCACCUUCAACAUCCUAACACUCCAGUUUGACAGUGAUUACUUCAUCAGCAAGUCAGGCUUCUCCAUUCAGUUCUCAACUACUACUGCCAUGACCUGUAAUGACCCUGGGACACCCCAGAACGGGACGCGUUACGGGGAUAGUCGGGAGCCCGGGGACACCAUCACCUUCCAGUGUGACCCAGGUUACCAGGUCCAGGGCCUGGACAAGAUCACCUGUGUACAGCUCAACAACAGGUUCUACUGGCAGCCAGACCCUCCAACCUGUAUAGCUACCUGCGGCGGCAACGUGACAGGCCCUGCUGGGGUGAUUCUAUCACCCAACUAUCCACAGCCGUACCCACCAGGAAAGGAAUGUGACUGGAGAAUUAAAGUCAACCCUGACUUUGUUAUAGCCCUAAUUUUCAAAAGUUUCAACAUGGAGCCCAGCUAUGACUUCCUGCACAUCUAUGAGGGGGAUAACUCCAACGGCCCAUUGAUCAGCAGCCUGCAGGGAAACCAGGCCCCGGAGCGCAUCGAGAGCAGUGGCAACAGCCUCUUCCUCGCUUUCAGGAGUGACGCUUCCCUCGGGAUGUCUGGCUUUGCCAUUGAAUUCAAAGAGAAACCCAGGGAGGCAUGCUUUGACCCUGGAAAUAUCAUGAACGGCAGUCGCGUGGGCAUGGACUACAAACUGGCCUCCACAGUGACCUAUCAAUGUAACUCUGGAUAUACUGUUGUUGGACCAGCCACAAUCACAUGUGUUAUCGGUUCAGAUGGAAAACCUAUAUGGGACAAGAUCCUACCAUCGUGUAAAGCUCCUUGUGGUGGUCAUUAUGCUGGGUCUGAAGGCGUGGUACUCUCUCCUAACUUUCCCCAGAACUACACCACUGGUCAAACGUGCUCCUACUACAUUACUGUCUCUGGAGAAUUUGUGGUGUUUGGGCAGUUUGCCUACUUUCAGACGACAAUGAAUGACUCAGUGGAACUAUUUGAUGGGGCCAAUCAGAAUGCCAGGCUGCUAAGCUCCCUUGCUGGGUCUCAUUCUGGAGAGACCUUGCCCCUGGCGACAUCAAACCAAAUUAUGGUGCGAUUUACUGCAAAGAAUGGUCCUUCCGCCAGGGGUUUCCACUUUGUUUACCAAGCUGUUCCUCGCACCAGUGACACGCAGUGCAGCUCUGUCCCAGAGCCGCGGUACGGUAGACGGAUGGGGUCCGACUUCUCCGCUCGUUCCAUUGUUCGCUUUGAGUGCAACCCUGGGUAUCUGCUACAGGGAUCCAAAGCCAUCAAAUGCAAUGUGGUCCCCAGUGCGCUUGCCCAGUGGAAUGAUACUGUGCCCGCUUGUGCUGUUCCAUGCAGCGGUAAUCUGACAGAGAGAAGAGGCACCAUCCUCUCCCCCGGAUUCCCCGAGCCCUAUGGGAACAGCUUGAACUGCGUGUGGAAAAUCAUUGUCACCGAAGGAGCUGGGAUUCAGAUUCAAGUAAUGAGCUUCGCCACUGAGCAUAAUUGGGAUUCCUUAGAAAUCUAUGAUGGAGGGGACAUGACAGCUCCUAAACUUGGAAGCUUUUCAGGUACAACUGCUCCAGCCUUGCUGAACAGUACCUCCAACCAGCUCUAUCUCCACUUCCAGAGUGAUAUCAGUGUUGUUGCUGCUGGAUUCCACCUUGAGUACAAAACUGUUGGUCUCACUGCCUGUCCGGAGCCAGUGGUGCCUGCCAAUGGCAUCAAAACAGCAGACAGGUACAUGGUCAAUGAGGUGGUGUCAUUCAGCUGUGAACCAGGAUACAUGCUGCAGGGCCACUCUCAUAUAUCCUGUAUGCCAGGGACCGUGCGGCGCUGGAACUACCCUCCCCCUCUCUGCAUUGCAAAGUGCGGUGGAACAGCAGUUGACUUGGCCAAUGUUAUUUUAAGUCCUGGAUUCCCUGGCAACUACCCUGGCAACAUGGAUUGUACAUGGAGGAUUCUUUUACCAGUUGGAUAUGGGGCUCAUAUUCAGUUCUUCAACUUCUCCUCUGAAGACAACCAUGAUUUUUUAGAGGUGCGAAAUGGGCCGCAGCACAGCAGCUCUCUGAUUGGACAGUUUAGCGGAAGUCAGCUGCCGCCCAACCUGCUGAGUACAACACAUGAGACCGUGAUUCACUUCUACAGUGACCACUCUGAAAACAGGCAGGGAUUCAAACUAGCCUACCAAGCAUAUGAAUUGCAGAAUUGCCAAGACCCUACUCCAUUCCCUAACGGAUAUAUUAUUAAUAAUGACUACAAUGCUGGCCAGUCAAUAACUUUUGAGUGCUUUCCUGGAUACGUUCUGAUUGGACAUCCUGUGCUCACAUGCCAACAUGGAAUCAACAGAAAAUGGAAUCAUCCCUUUCCCCAUUGUGAGGCUCCAUGUGGCUACAAUAUGACAGCUCAGAAUGGUACCAUAUUCUCACCCCAGUACCCAAAUGAGUACCCUAACUCACAGGACUGCACCUGGCUUAUCACCGUGCCACAUGGACAUGGUAUUUACAUCAACUUCACCCUGCUUCAGACGGAGCCUGUCACAGAUUACAUUGCUGUAUGGGAUGGCCCUGAGCAGAGCUACCCACAGCUUGGGAUUUUCAGUGGUAAUACAGCACUAGAGUCAGCCUACAGUUCUUUCAAUCAGGUCCUUAUCAAGUUUCACAGUGACUUCUCCACAAGUGGAUUCUUUGUCCUCAAUUUCCAUGCCUAUCGUCUAAAGAAAUGCCCACCUCCACCAACAGUGGAAGAAGCUGAAAUAGUAUAUGAAGAUCAAGAUUAUGAAAUAGGAGACGUUGUGAAGUAUCGCUGCUUCCCUGGAUUUACCCUGGUAGGCAACAGUGAGCUUACCUGUAAGCUCAACUCUCAUCUCCAGUUUGAGAGUCCUCCGCCAACUUGUGAAGCCCAGUGUCCUGCAAAUGAAGAACGCUCCUCCUCAUCAGGAGUUAUCCUUAGUCCAGGUUUCCCUAAAAACUACCCCAACUCUCAGACCUGCUCCUGGGUCAUCAGGGUUCAACCUGCGUACACUAUCUCCAUCUUUGUGGAGAUGUUUCAGAGUGAGAAGCAGUUCGACGAACUUGAGCUCUUUGACGGACCAUCUGGCCAGAGCCCUUUGCUGGUGGCCCUUAGUGGAAAUCACUCCACACAGUUAAACUUUACAAGCAAGACCAACCACCUUUACCUGAGAUGGUCCACUGAUCAUGCAACCAGCAAAAGAGGAUUCAGAAUCCGCUACACAGCUCCUUAUUGUAGCAUUAACGACCCACCUGGAAAUGGAGGGGUGCUUAACCGAACAAGAGAGAUCCCAGGAAGCAAUCUGCAGUACUAUUGUUAUGCUGGCUACAGACUAGUGGGGCCCAGAAAUUCCACCUGCCGGUUACAUCCAAAUGGACUGUAUCAUUGGGAUACCCCAGCUCCACUAUGUCAAGCUAUAUCUUGUGGAAUCCCUCAGUCUCCUGCCAAUGGUUCAUUCCAUGGUUUCCAGUACACAGUAGGAAGCAAAGUUAACUACGAGUGCAAUGAAGGGUACAGGAUGGAGACAAGUUUCUCCACGAGCGCCGUCUGUCUGGAGGAGGGGACAUGGAGCAAUGCUGCACACCCACCUCUUUGUUUACCGAUCCAGUGCCCUAACAUUGAGAGCGUGCUCUCAGAACACAUGGUGUGGCGGCUGAUCUCGGGGUCACUGAAUGAAUUUGGAGCUCAGAUAAUGCUGAGCUGCACUCCUGGCUUCUACCUCGGAGGACAGAGGACAAUCAAGUGCUUAGCUAAUGGAACCUGGGCUGGAAUUGAGGAGAGGUCUACCUGCAAGAUUAUCUCGUGUGGGGACCUCCCCUCUCCUCCCUAUGGCAACAAGAUAGGAACCCUGACUACAUUUGGCGCCACAGCGAUCUUCAUGUGUAAUACGGGAUACACACUGGUGGGGUCACAUGUGAGGGAAUGUGGGGUCAACGGGCUCUGGAGCGGAGUGGAAACCAAAUGUCUUGCUGGCCACUGUGACUCCCCUGAUCCAAUCAUCAAUGGUCACAUAAGUGGAGGUGGCUCCAGUUAUCGUGACACUGUUGUCUACCAAUGCAACCUUGGCUUUCGCCUUAUUGGAACAUCAGUUCGGAUCUGUCAACAAGACCACAGAUGGUCCGGACAAGCUCCUGUUUGUGUUUCCAUUACCUGUGGUCACCCUGGAAACCCAGCAAAUGGUCGAACUAAUGGCAGUGAGUUCAACUUGAACGAUGUGGUCAACUUCACCUGCAGCACAGGAUAUCAGUUGCAUGGUGCUUCAAGAGCUCAGUGCAGGAUGACUGGGCAGUGGAGCAACCCUCUUCCAGUUUGUAGAGUGGUAAACUGCUCCGAUCCAGGCUUUGUGGAGAAUGCCAUUCGUCACCCGCAGCAGCGCUUCCCCGAGAGCUUCAACUACAGAACCAGUGUGAUGUAUCACUGCAAGAGGGCCUUCUAUCUGCUCGGCUCAUCACUUCUCACCUGUCAGUCAAACGGCCUCUGGGACAGAUCACUUCCUAAGUGCCUUUCUAUUUCCUGUGGUGAUCCUGGCACACCGCCCCAAGCUAUUAUGUCAGGUAGGAAGUUCACCAACGGCGCCGUGGUCCAUUACACCUGCAGCCACGGCCGAGCACUGAUUGGGAACGCCACGCGCUACUGUCAGGAGGACGGACGCUGGAGCGGGCCACAACCUUACUGCUCAGGCGGUAGUUCCGGGGAGUGUGGUGACCCUGGAAUCCCACCUCAUGGCUCCAGGUUGGGGGACGAGUUCCAGCUGAAGAGCCUGCUGAGGUUCACCUGUGAAGCCGGCUUCUCCCUGAGUGGCUCGGCUGAGAGGACCUGCCUCCCCAAUGGCUCCUGGAGUGGCACCCAACCAGUCUGUGAAGCUAUUUCGUGUGGAAAUCCAGGUACUCCUGCCUACGGGAAGAUUGUCUUCAGUGAUGGAAUAGUGUUUUCAAGCUCCGUGGCAUAUGCCUGCUGGGAAGGAUAUGAGACCUCGGGUCUCACCACUCGCCACUGCACCACCAAUGGCACCUGGACCGGCUCUGCCCUAGACUGCACAGUGAUCAGCUGUGGAGAUCCAGGUCCUGUUGCCAAUGGGAUUUACGUAGGAAAUGAGUUCACCUUCAACAAGACUGUUCAGUACCACUGUAACCCAGGUCACGUCAUGGACACUGUCGGUUCAUCUGUGCUCCUCUGCACCAAGAACGGGUCUUGGAACCAAACCAAGCCUUACUGUAAAGUGAUCAUGUGUGGCCGUCCUCCGGCUGUUCACAAUGGGAAGGUUGAGGGGUCAGACUUGCAGUGGGGCUCCAGCGUCAUCUAUAGCUGCUUCGAUGGGUACCAGCUAUCCAGCCCUGGAAUCGUUUCAUGUGAGGGGAACGGCACAUGGCGAGGGGAAAUCCCUCAAUGUCUUCCUGUGCUGUGUGGAGACCCAGGCACCCCAGCAGAGGGUUAUGCUGAGGGCAAACAGUUCACCUACAGGUCAGAGGUCACCUUCUACUGUAGGGACCCCAACAUCCUGGUCGGAUCAUCCAGGAGAGUGUGUCAGAUUGAUGGGACUUGGAGUGGAAUACCUCCCUCAUGUAUAGAUCCUGCAUAUAACACAUGCAGAGACCCUGGAACGCCAUCUUAUGGGAUACCAGUCACAUCCCAAGGAUUUGAGGCUGGAAGCAAAAUCUCCUUCAAAUGCCGUAAAAACUACCACAUACUGGGAUCUACGACAAGAACCUGUCUGGAAAAUUUGACAUGGAGUGGCGUGCAACCAGAAUGUAUUGCCCAUGCCUGCAGACAGCCCGAGACACUGUCUAACAUUGACGUGAAGGCUAUUGAUCUACCAACUCUGGGCUAUACUUUGAUUUAUACAUGUCAGGACGGAUUCUUCCUGGCCGGGGGAUCUGAGCACAGGACAUGUAAACCUGAUGGAAAGUGGUCUGGAAAGCCACCUGUCUGCAAAGUUGGGCCCAAAAUAAAUGGUAAAAAAGGAGUGGAGUCAGAUGUUCAGAAAAACAAGAUUGGUGUUCCUGUAGAUGUGUUUUCUUUAAACUUUGGCUGGACCGGGUUCUAUGAGUACCUUGGAGCAAGAGAAGUUGCCACUAUUACUGUAAAUGGAUUCAAUUCAACAACAAGUAGAGUCAAUGUCACACUUCUGGAUCAGAGCAGAGUGCAGCUUAAACUUGCUGGAACGUACAAGAAGGAGGAAAACCAUUUGCUGCUGAAGGUUUACCAGAUACGUGGUCCAACAGAGCAUCAUUUCAGUAAAUUCAAGAAUGACAACUGGGCAAUGGAUGGCUACGUGACCGCAGAGUCUGACAAGAAAACCUUUGUUUACCAGGGUCAUAUUCAAAGCAAGGACUUUGGGAGAUUUGUACUAACAAGAGGAGGUCUCUUUACAACAGACCUGGAGCCAUCAAAUCCUCCAUACUAUGGCACCAACAGCAGUUCAGUAGCAGCUGCCAUACUAGUGCCAUUCUUUGCCCUUAUUCUGUCAGGGGUUGCAUUUUACCUCUACAAACACAGAACAAGACCAAAAGUUCAAUACAAUGGCUAUACCGGUCAUGAAAACACCAAUGGACAAGCGUCGUUUGAAAACCCUAUGUAUGACACAAACAUGAAACCCACGGAGGCGAAAGCUGUGAGGUUUGAUACAACUCUGAACACAGUCUGCACAGUAGUAUAGCCCUCUUAUCACCGACAUUGGACUGGCUUUUACAGCCAUACCUCUUGUGGUAAGCAGUAUCUUAUUUUUUCGACAGAUGCCAAUAUUUCUUUGAACUCAUCACGUUAUAACCUCUCUGUGGAGAAGAUAAAAUACACCAUUUAAAAUCAAUGACAAUUUUAUAUGGACUUGCCACCACAAAAUAAAACGACAACUAUUGGUGUUCUAUGGAGCAGAGAUCAUGUAUGUGGCCAGGAAAAUAAAGCAGAGACGAUUAUCUCUAGGAUCAAGGAGUUCUGCCUUUUAUGGCUCUUUGCAGGAUGAAAGUUGUUUUCAUUCUCCGGUUUUCUUUUUUUCUGUCUUUUCCCCCCCCCAAAGGCCCUCCUUGGGGAAAUACUAAAGUGUCUUGAAAAGCCACAUAAUUGUUGAUAAAAAGUGUUUUCUUCAGUGAAGAUGUACCACAAAGGAGGAAGCAACUUUGAACGUGUUGCCAGACUUCUCCAAUAAAGGGAACAUAUGCUAUAAACUACAACUGUCUCGCAGGAGAACACGGCUAUCUAAUCUAGGAACUCGCUCAGCUGUUGUGUUGAAAAACUUUAUCGCACAAAUUUUGCACUAGUGUGUUAUGAAUGGGUAUGAAAUGAGGCAAAAGAGGCAUUUUCAAACUAACUGAAAAAUGCCGUACAGGGUUUUUGACCAUUUGUAGAUAAGCAUACAGUAUAUUUCCAUAUCCACAGGGAGCAUAAUGUCAUGCUACUGUUUAUCAAUAGAGAUGCUUAUUUUAUUUUCAAUAUUAGUUUUGCAAAUAAAUGUGUGGAACACCCUCCUUACUUUUUUAAAAUGGUUAUAUAAAUGAUUUUUAACUCUGGAGUCACAAAUACCAUGCAGCUUAUCUAGAAACAUUUAAAUCCACAAAUAUCAAUUAAGGAGCAACUGGUGUACAUGCAAUCGUGAAUGAUAUUUAAUUUUAUUCACAGAUCAAUAUUACCGAAGAGCAAACUGAUCUGGCUCAUCUACUCUGAAAAAACAGCAAUGCUCAAUAUUGUUGUAUACUGUAAAUUGCAUCAAAUACUUACAGUAUGUAUCAUACAUGUUAGUCAUGAAUGUUUGUUUGUAUUGUCGAUCAUCAGGUUGCUGUUUAUAUUGUAGUUUAUUUCACAUUACCCCAGGCAUUGAACAUUGUCAACAUUCGGAACACUAGACAACAGUUGGCAGUCCUAUCUUGUGGUCUUGCUGCAAAUUUGCUUACAUUUCAAAUAUACCUCUUGCGCAGAAGGACGUCAUUUUUCUACUCUACAGUACUGGAACUAAUAAAAUGUUUAUUUUUCAUAAAUGCUGGCCUUGCUUUAAAUCACAGUUUUAAUGCAGAAGUGUAUUUUUGUUUAAAUGUGCCAUACGAAUAUGCCAUGUUUAACUCAACUCAACUGUUUGACACACGACCUUGUUUUGGUAGGCCUACUUAAGGCAAGGUGGGGAAUCAAGUUGGAUAGCAAUCGUUCUUUAGCAGUGGCAUGAGCUGGUCGUUUAGAAGCUAGUCUUAAUAAUCUGUUUUUCUCCCUUUAUGAUAUGUCCCUCCUAUCCUUAAGGGUAUUGAGUCAAUGAUGAUGAAUUGAACACAGACUACUUACUUACACUCCAGGAAACACUGCCUUAUUCAAUUCAAAAGCUGUCACAGUUACAAAUGACCUAUUACAACGCUAAGGCUACUUGAAUGCAUACAGUACACUGUGAUUCCAAAGUCAUAGAUUAGCUUGUUGUUUUUCCUAAUAAUUUUGGUUGUGCAUGUAUUCACAAAUAAUGUUCAAAACUUACAGUAGAUUAACUAUCUUCGCUUGGCUUUUCGAAAUCUGUUAUCAUAUGCACUUGCUUAGAGAUCAAUGCACCAGUGACAAAAUGUGUAUUAUAAUCUUGUGAGAUAUCAGAUUCCAUUUCAUAUCUGUUGUAUUUGUGGCCAUAGUAGCACAACUAAAAUUCCCCUGAGUAAGAUGCAUUUUAUGUGUGAAGUAUGUUUGGAAAAUCCGAAGCAUUUUAAUUUCCAUAAUUUUUCUACAAACUAUUUAACUUUUUCCAUUUCAAAUUAAACCUAGUGUUCAUUACACACCUACGCACUAUACGGCAGUGGUUUCAAUAAAUAGGGUUAAGACCGAAAGUAAUCAAAUCAUCCCCUUUCUUUGUAAACAUUUUGAUGUAAGACCCACUGCUUUUAAUCCACAUUUUGCCUUCCUUUGGGCUUGCUGCAAUAACGUUUUUCUUUCAACAUCUGUAAAAUGGUUUCCCAACUAAAGAGGUGUAUAACUGCAUUGAAUUUAAUAUCAUUCCAUUUUACAACAUCGGGAUAUCACGUGCUGCUGACUUGAAGUAGGUGCAAAAGAAAAUGUUUUUGUACAGAAAUAUAUUUUUUAUGAAGAAUUUGUAAAAUUAUUAAAUAUGCUGUACUUUUUUGAUUAAUGUAGGUACAAAACUUGUUAAAAUAAAUGUUUUUACUAUACAAAAUGUA